GGCGCGACGACGUGCGGCCUGAGGACAUUGCUGACCAGGAGCUCGCAGAGGCAAUACAGAAAUCCGUGGAGGAAGCAGAACGUCGGAAGCCUUGAUGCAUGUAGUGUGUGUUUACUGCAGCUGGAGUGGGCCACAGACCAGAGAAUAGUGACAAAGAAACUACCUCACUGGAAAUGCCCUCAUUACCAGCUUCUGAUGGGUUUCAAAAUCCAGUCCAGUCUUCAGGACUAAAUUCCAAGAUCUGUAAUCCCACAAAUCAAUUACUUGAUCGUUCUGUCUCUGCCCCUGCUUCAAUUUGCUCAUCUGAAUCCAGCCUUGCAGAGCCCAUUGAUCCUAGAGCCGUCAAGACUUCUGACUCUUCACCUGAACACCAGGUAACUCCAGAAAAAGAGCAUCCUCUGGUAUUACAGCAUCAUUCCAAUAGCUCUUCCUUGGCAAAUAAUGACCCCUCUCCGCACACUGGUGAUGGAACCUGCUCCAGUCCAGCUUGCCUUUCACAGAAGACACUCAAAGAAACAUUUAGUGCUGACAUUUUAACGGAAUGUAAUGCUAAAGGACAAGAUCAUGGUCAGGAACAUCCUCUGGAAGUGACAAAAGUCAAUUUGGCUGACACUGCUGCCAAGCACAGGCAGGAUAAAGAUGUCUGUCUGUCUUCAGAACAGGAGCAAAAACGUGAGCUUCCCACAGACCAUCAGAUGUGCAAAGAGCCAGAAAAGGAACAUCUUGAGGAGCAAACUGAGACAACUGACCCAGAACCUCCUUGCUGUGUUGGUGGGGUUGAGAAACCUGCUGUGGCAGAAGCCAAACAGCCAGAAAAUCCCCCCUUGGAAAUGAGAGAUGGACUGGAGAGAGCAGAUCUUUCCUGUGUGAAAGGGAGUAUCCAACUGUCUGCCUCCUGCAGCCACGUGCACUUGGAAGCCUCCAUGGAAAUAGAUGCAGUGGAGCAGGCUGCAGCUGAAGCGCAGAGCUCAACAAGGCAGCAGAAGCAGCAGACUGAGAACAGACAUAUAUCCAGCCUGAACUCGGAGGCCUUCUCAAUGGAGGUGGAGUUGCUGAAGUCUCCGUCCUCCCUGAGUGAUUCACUUUCCACUAGUGAUGUCCUGCAGUCUAAAAGCGCUAGUGAAAUUCCUGCAGAGUAUCAUGAGUUGGCUAAUUUGGCAGCAGACAGCUCUUCCCCCUCCAGCACCCAACAGCUGGACACGGAUCCAGGAAGACCUUCAGAAGAGCCAUGUUUCCCUCUAGCAUCGGCCUUGAAAGAGCUUCACAAACUCUUGGUUAUCAGUCGGAAAGGAGAAUGUCAGAUCCUUGCCUCAGAAGAAGUCUCACAGCUGGAAAUGGUUCACAGAGAGCCAGCAGUGCAGCAGAAGGGACUUGCUGAAGGUGAGCAGAAAGGCUUGGAUCCAGGCAGCCAGGAACAUAGAUAUUCCUUCACAAGGUCUGAGGGUGGAGGAGCAGAGGGGAGCCAGCCUUGUGAUUCUGGCAGAGAGCACAUCAGCACCAGGCCCAUCAGUCCUGGGCAGCCUGUGCUUGGGGGAGGUUCUUUAGAGAGGCAGAAGAGUUCAGGUAAGAGCAGUGUGGUCAUGGUGAGUUCUGCAGCCACUCCUGGCCAGCAGCAGAGCCCAGAGCAGAGGGAGGUUUUGGCAGGAGGUUCUCAGAGUCCACCUAGUCCAACUUUGGAGCAAAGCACACCUGUUUCCUCCACACCUGUGUCGGGUGAAGGAGCACCACGGGACACUCAGAGCCUGUUCACAGGAGCACCUGGGAGAAGUGAGAGUGCUGCUCCUGAAGGUCCAUGGCACGUGGGUGGGAGUGAGGAACCACUGCUGAGCCCCCCAGCUGCCUGCACCAGACUGACCACAGGGGCUUCUCCAGCCCCUGCUUUCCCUGUGGCUGAUAUCGACCGGAUCCUCAGUGCUGGUUUUACACCACAGGAAGCUCUCCAGGCCUUGGAACAAGCAGGUGGAAAUGCAGAUCUUGCUCUUCUCAUUUUGCUAGCUAAGAGCAUCGUUGUUCCCACGUAACUGUGGAAGAGGGAGCUGACUGGGGGAUCUUUUCAUCUACAGGAGUAUCUCAAUUACACACCACAAUGGACAAGCAGAAUGUUGAGCCAGAAUUUUUUAAUUAUUUGCAGCCAAAGUAACACAUCGCUUCUAUUUCAUUUGUUAGAUUUGGGCUUUGAAAGGAAAGAAAACGUCCUUGCAUUGUGUGGACAGAAUAGCUUUUAAUCAUGCAUACUGGAUUAAAACCACUGGUUUUCUUUAAAUGUAUAAUUUUAGAAUAACCUCCAGUGCUACGAAUAAAAAGCAGCAGCCACUGCACUCACUGCCCUGUCCGGCACAAAGCAGAUUGUGAUGGGAAUUGGCCACACGUGCACAGGAGGAGAGGUGCACACUUGAGUCCAGUGUGGACUCUGGAUUUGUUGCAGCUCCUUGGAACCCAACAUCCAGCUGUUGAAAUUAUUUUGGCAGCUGCUGAAGGUGUGUAGAUGCUCAUGGAUGUGUAAGGCUUUGCCAGAGGAUGAAGAGGGUUUUAUGUGUGCACAGGGAAGGCUGAUGCUUAUUUUUGCCAAACCCUUUUAUGCUUUGAUUUAGAGUUGGACUCAAUGAUUAUUGUGUGUCCCUUCCAACUCAGAAUAUUCUGUGAUGCUUUUGGGCCAGUGUGUUCCAGUUUACAACAUGGGGAUAGAAGAAGGGAAGGGCUAGAAUGUGGUGCUACCAAAACUUAAGUUUUAACUUAUUUGGAGAUGUGCUGGUAUUAACUGUAGGGAUGGGGGGGAGGGGGGGCGAGAGAGGGAAAAGGAGUACUGACUUCUUUUUCUAGCCUUGCCCACAUCAUGUUUUUCCUCAUGCAAAAAGAACAAGCUCAAUCAGUUUAAGGCUAAAUCUUAAUGAUGAAUUUGCUUAACAAACCUACUGUGUGUUACGGCUCUACAUGUCCCUGUGCCUGGGGGGAAAUGAACUUCAUCUCAGUGGCUCUGAGCAGGGCUGUGAUUGGAAGAAGGAAGAAUCUGCUUUGCUCUGGUUUGUCUGGAUGUCUGGGGUUGAUCGGGCUCUUGGCUGUGGAAUGCCAUGGCUGGGGAUGCUGAUCUUACACCUCCUCAAGAGCGAGGGCUCCCCAGCAGGGUUCAUGGAACAAAUGCACUGAUGUGGCUUUAGUGUUGCAAUCAUCGUGGCCUUCUGGGAUAUCUCUGGUGACUCCCCUGAGUGAUGAGGCCUCACUGAGGUUGUGCUGUAGGAGGCUCUUUCCAGAUGCUUUUUUGAGGGGGAAGAACUUCUUUGUGUUGCUCUGCAAGGCCCCAAAGCUCUGUCAGGGCUGGGGAAGGGAAAGGAAGGUGUGGCUGAAACUAAAUUUUAAGUAGGAGCUUUGAUUUAGUCCCACUUGCAAAUCUCAGAAGUGGCUUUGUGUUAGGCGUUCGUCUUGAACUUGACAUGUUGAGCUAAACCUGGAGUGAUGGCUCAGCAGCACCAGUCACAUUUUUGUUCAUGGCUUCCAUGUGGUGUUGUGGUUGUCUCAGGCCUCUGUCCUGGUGUUUGUGUUCCCUGUUGCUUUAGCAGGUCUCCUAUGUAUGUGCUGGGCUGUUUUUAUGCAGGUGGCAUUUAAGAACAACACAGAUUUGGUUUCAUCUGUCACUUCACAGGAGUUUGUGCUGUCAUUGAGUGCUGGUGUCAGAUUUGCCUCAGACACUUGGACAGCCAGGAGAUCCUCUGAAGUAAUAAAGGGCUUUUAGGCAUUCUGCAGUCAAAUAGAGCUUCUCCAUGAGCUGGGAUGGUACCAUCCAGACCAGGAGCGCCCAGACAGAUUUGGCUUAUAUCCCCUUCUGCUUGUGAUGCCAGCAGCAGGUACUGCUCCAUGUGGGAAGCAGUGCUUGGCUAUCUGGAGCAGCAUCCAGUGAUUCACUUGAGGCUCUGCUUAAAAUGAGUUACUGAGACCAGACUGCAGCAUUCUCAUCUUCAUCAGGCAGGUGGUAGAGUUACCCCUGCUGAAGGUUUGGUUUAAUAUUCUCCUUGCAAUGAGCACUUCAAAUCAGCGGAAGCACCUCUGUGAAGGGCAACGCCUGAGCUGGUACAGGAGUACAGUAUCAGCAGGUCUCUCCAGAAGCCUUAGGAAAUAGGAUCUGUCAGACCCAUUCCUGUCUGCAUCUGGUUCACCAUCAGGAGCAGCAGCAAUGAGGCUCUCAGAUCCACAGCAACUUCAGACGGCUGAAUCUGCUCCUGGUUUGCACUGUGGGGCUCGGUGAGGUGGCCCUGGGAGCAAAGUUACACGGCAGCCGGGGCAGGUUGGCUCUCUUGGAUGCAGGAGAGCUGAACCUGCACCCUUGGCCUGUGGGUGGAUCUACUGCCAGCUGCUUGGAGCAGCAGAUGUUGGCUACUCAGUGUUAGCCCCUUGUAUCACUCUCUGUUUCAGAAGCCGUUGCUCAGCUGGCCCAAGUGGUGCUGCUCUGCACCAAGCUGGCGACAGGCUGCGCAUACAGAAUUUACGCUAUAAAAGCUUUAGAGCAUCAGCCAAUCUGCUUCAAUGCUCACUUUUAUUCCUUGUCAAAUAUAAGUUUUUGAAUCCCACCCUUCUGCCAAAGCUGUAUGGAAGCAUUUAUCCAUAGUGCUAGAGUUCCAUGGGUAGCUCUCUCCAAACUGCUGGAAACAAACCCUGACACCCGACUGAUAAAUAUUCCUAAAAUUCUUCUAUCAAGCAGGUCCAAGCCUGGUGAUUUAAAUCUCUCCAUUUCCAAGCCUUGCUUUGAGUGAAUAGCUAUGUGCUGCUAAAUUAGUGAAUAAUUUUUUUAGGAGCAAGAUUUAGUAUAAAAUUGGGGAAGUGGCAAGUAUUUAAGGUGAAAAUAAAAUGUAAUAGAUUGUGUGUUUAGCGAACUCCGUCUAAAAGUUGUCUUUGUUUCAACGUCUGUCCUCUCUGCUGCAUGCACACACACAUCCUCUGUUCAGCCUCUGGCAGUCCCUUUGCUAGUCCCUGUGCUGACCUGGCCCACAGCGUGGGAGUAUUUAUAGGAAAGGAGGGAUGGCAGAGUGCUGUGACUUACUGGCUACAGUGGGGGAUAAAGGUACCACCAACAGCUGUUCAGGUUUCCAAGGAGCCAGGUGUUCUGGCCUAAAAUCAGGCACUUCAUUCUUUUCUCUUCCCCCUCCUCAUUAAUCACUGCUGUAGUGUCCUAAUGUCACAUCACUUAACAAAGGGAUUUCACCAUGGAAGUCCAGCUCUAGAGAGUAAAGCAGUGCUCAGAAGCUGCUUUUUAAAGCUGCCAGCACCUGUGGGGACCCAUGUGGGUCUGUAGAGUUUCUUUCUGGGUGUGCCCUGGACUCACUCCUGGUUUCUGAGAUUUACUUUUUUCCCUUAAAAAUACUGAAGGAAUUCACUUGGCCUCUUCAUCACUGCAUGUUUGUACAUGAGGCCACAGGUGAAUAGAGCUGACAUUUAGUGGAAUCCCAACAUCUGGAAGUUUCUGGGCAUGGGUAAUUCUGACAAGAGGAGGGACUAUUCCUGGUGACUGUCCCUGGCAUGUUUACCUGCUGCAGGACAGAGCUGAGCUACGCUGUUACCAUGACAAUCUCUGCCUCCUUGCUGUGUAUGUUUAACUUUCUAUGUAGACACUCGGUCUCCAGGACUGUUAACCUCGUAUGUCCUCUAUGUUCCCCUCUUCCGUCUCUCCCUCUUACCGUCUCCUCUUCUCAAAAGUAGCAAUAUUUAAGUGUACGUGCUGAAUGCUCAACUUCAGAUCAGUUUUCUGUAAAACUGAUGAACAAAAGGAGGAGCAGCUCCCAGAGGUUUCUUCACCAGACUUGGCCUUCCUGCCAAACGGCUCCCCAGAACUCUAACAGAAAUCCAGAGGUAUUUCUGCCUGCCUCUCUCGGAAGUCAGCUUGGGAAAUGGGGUUGGUUUCAUGUACAUCAUUCCCCUCUGAAGCGCUCAAGAGAUUUCUUCCUGCACUAUGUAGACGAGGCUUAGUCCGUGAUCCAAAGCACAGUGGUUUGGGUCACACUUUGACUGAUGCUUCAGAGUUUUACAGACUCACUUAGGGAACUUGAGGGAAUCAAUACUCAGGAAUCCUAAAGCUGGUUGUGUUUUGUGUCAUUGACUCUUGUGGGAUGAACACACUGCGGCCUCACAGGCGGCUGAAGGGAGGAGUGGGUGUGUCAUCAAUGGGAUGUGGUUCUGCCCAAAUACACACUUGAUUUUUUUUUUUUUGAUUUUUUUUAAAUAUUAGGGGACUGUUUAUCAACAAAUUAUGUGUAAAAAAAUUUGAUAUUUAAAAAAAAUGAAUAAACACUUUAUCAAUA